AUGGUAAUGAACGGAAAUAAUAGUCGUGAAAACACUACUUACACAAAUGGCGUAGGUAGUGAUUUAAUAAAUUUAAAAAUUCUUAUAUCACGUGAUAAUAUCAUAAAAUCAAUGCAAUUUGAAACAAAUAUGCUUGUGUAUGAUAUAUGUCGAAUUAUUCAAGAUAGAAUAAUGAAUGAGCCAUUGUUAUAUCGUGGAGAUCCAUCUGAAUAUGGUCUAUUUAUUAACGAUAAUUCAAAUCCUAUGAAUAGUAUUUGGUUAGAUAAUGGACGUACAUUAAAUUAUUAUUUACUAAAAAAUGGUGAUACUGUCGAAUAUCGAAACAAGUAUCGUCCACUUAAAAUUCGUUUACUUGAUGGCACAGUUAAAACAAUAAUGAUUGAUGAUAGUCAAAUUCUUGCUAAACUGAUUGUUUAUAUUUGUAGUAAAUUUGGAAUUGCAAAUUAUGAUGAAUACUCAUUGAUUUUUGAUUCUGGAACAGAUUUAACGGAUACUCUAAAAACAUCAACACUAUUAAAGGAUCGUUCAUUACAACGAACAGAUAAAAAGAUGGAAGAAUUAAAGAAAAAAUUACAUACAGAUGAUGAUACUCUAUGGCUUGAUCAAUCAAAAACGCUUCGUCAACAAGGCAUUGAUGAACAUUCAACGGUUGUUUUAAAACGAAAAUAUUUUUUCUCAGAUAAAAAUAUUGAUCAAGGUGAUCCUGUACAAUUAAAUUUACUUUAUGUUCAAUGUCGUAACGGUAUUAUUGACGGCACUCAUCCAGUAACAUUCGAAGAAGCAAUUCAAUUUGCUGGUUUACAAUGUCAAAUACAAUUUGGUGAUUAUAAUGAAUCAAAACAUAAGCCAGGCAUAUUAGAUAUCAAAGAUCUUCUACCAAAAGAAUAUACAAAAAUAAAAGGCGUUGAAAAACGAAUAUUUCUGAAACAUAGUGGUUUAUCUGAACCAGAUGCUAAAUUAAAAUACACACAAUUAUGUCGAUCACUUAGAACGUAUGGUGUCACAUUUUUUCUUGUCAAAGAGAAAAUGCCAGGUAAAAACAAAUUAAUACCACGUCUGCUUGGUGUAACAAAAGAUUCCAUUGUUCGCGUCGAUGAAAGAACAAAAGAAUUUAAUCAAGUGUGGCCAUUAACACAUGUAAAGCGAUGGACUGCAUCUCCCAACACGUUUACUCUGGAUUUUGGUGAUUAUGCAACUGCUUAUUAUUCUGUUCAAACGAAUGAUGGUGAACAAAUUUCACAAUUAAUUGCCGGCUAUAUUGAUAUUAUACUUAAAAAGAAAAAAGAUCGUGAAUAUACUGCGCGAGAUAAUGGAGAAGACGAAGCAACAAUGGUUGAGGAUGUUGUCUCACCAGCAAAAGCUACAAUUAUUCAACCAAAUCGUCCACCAUUUGGGUAUAUUCACACAGAAAACGUUUAUUCCCCACCUCUGAUGAGAGGAACGUUAACUGAUGGUGGUCGUUUACAUCAUCAACAUUUAAAUGAUUAUGGCCAUGAGCCCAUGAUGAGUAUGCCGAGUUAUUACGACAUGAAUCAACGUAACAAUAUUCAUCAACAAGAGCAAGAGGCUGAAUAUUUUACACAAGCUAAUGAGCGUUAUUUAGAAUCAAUGCAUCCCAUGGAUUAUCCGUCAUCACGUCGUAAGACUUUGUUCACAACGAUUGAAAAUGCAAGAAAUUCUAUUCACACGGCACAAUCACAAUUAGCAAGAGAACUUCAUCUAGAAUAUUUACAUCCACAUCCGGAUGAACAACAAUGGAGUCGUGAAAAUCGUUCAGAUGUUAGUCGUCAGAUAUUAGGCAGUGAAUUGUGUGCUAUAAACGCUUCGACAGCUCAAAUAGUAACAUUAACAUCUGAUCAGCAUCGUUCUGAUGAACAUUCACUUGGUGCUGCCAUAUCAACUAUAACAAAUAAUUUAUAUGAAUUUUGUAAAGAAAUGAAAGUUUAUUCAGCAAUAACUGAAGUUAAUGAUCAAACAAAUCCGUUAAUGGAUGCAACUCGACGUUUAUGUUCAACAUUCAGUGAUUUACUACUAUGUAUUGAGUCGGAUACAGCAGAUUCAAUGGCCAGACAGUCUCUUCUUGUAACAGCAAGUCGGCUAGGUGAAGUUAGUCAAGAUUUAAUUAAAAAAAUUGGUUCAAAUGGAACAAACGACGAUAUACUUGACAGUACUUAUCAAGAGAGAUUGUUAUCGUUAGCAAAAUCUGUUGCAAAUGCAACGGCACUGUAUGUUUAUAAAGCGAAAGAUAUAGCGAGUAAUGUUAAUGAACAACAAUAUGUUAAUGACAUCAUAUCAACAGCAACACAAUGUGCAUUGGCCACAUCUCAACUGGUAGCAUGUACUAAGGUUGUUUCUGCAACUAUAUCAAGUCCGUUAUGUCAAGAACAAUUGAUAGAAUCGACAAGAUACGUCACACGUUCAAUUGAAGCUGUAUUAAACUCAUGUAAUCAGGGUACAGCAAGUGAGCAAAUGUUAUUAGAAUUAGAUGAUGCAGCAAAAUCUGUAACAAAAACAGUGAAUGAUUUAUUGCUACAUAUUAAACAAGCUACAGAAAGUGCUGCUUUAUCAACAGAUGUCGGUCAUUUUACAUCAGCAACACCAAACAUAGCUUCUACUACUUCAAACGUUGCUACAACGCAACAUGACGAAUCAAUUGAUAAAAUUUUAACAGCAUCCGAUCGUUUAUUUUCAUGUGUGGGUGAUGCAUCUGAAAUGGUUAAACAAGCUAAAGUGUUAGCACAAGCAACAGCUCAAUUAGUUUCAUCAUUAAGACAACAAGCCGAAUCAACUAUUGAUGAUACAAAUCAACAAAAAAAAUUAUUAUCAGCCGCUAAAAUGUUAGCAGACGCCACGGCUAAAAUGGUUGAAGCGGCUAAAGGUUGUGCAACUAAACCAAAUGACACACAAUUACAAUAUCAUUUGAAAAAGGCAGCAGAAGAACUAAGGCAAUGUGCAAAAAAUUGUGCAUCAUCAGCGACACAAUGCAUAGCAGCCACACAAGGCUCAGCACAAUCAAAUAAAAAUGCACAAUCGCAUCAACAAUUAGCCGAACAAUGUAAACAAGUUGCGGAUUUGAUUCCAAAACUUGUUCAAGGAAUUCGUGGUAUAAUUGUAAAACCGGAUGCCUUUAGUUCACAAAUUAAUUUGAUAAAUUCGUGUGAUGAUUUUAUUGGACCAGCGACACGUCUAACAAAUUUGGCAAAAGCAGCUGUGCCAACAAUUCAAGAUCAAUCGCAGGCAUUACAUUUAAAUAACAGCUUGAAACAAUUGACUCAAGCAAACAUAGAUCUUCGUUCGUGUCUAACUCGAGCUCAGGAAUUGUGUGGUGCAGUAUUAGAUGUUGAAACUAUAAUUGAAUCGAUUGAUUUACUAGAUAAAGAACUAAUAGAGCUCCAGAAACAAGCAAAAGAUGGAAAAUUACGACCAAAGCUUGAAGAAACGAUUGACACAUCAUCUGCUGAAUUGUAUUCAGUGUGUAAACAAGUGGGUUCAGCUGUAUCUCAGUUAUUGAAUGCUGUUACACAAGGUGAUGAGAAUUGCACGGGAAUAUGUGCACGAGACACGCUAAAUACGUUAAAAAAAUUAACAAAUUCAAUUCGUGGCAUAGCGGCGAGUUCAUCCGAUUACCGUAUACAAGAAACAAUUAUCAAUUCGUCUCGUGAACUAUUAGAAAAAUCAACAAAAUUAGUUAAAGAGGCUAAAAAAGCUGUACAUUUACCACAAGACAGAGAGAUACAAACAAGAUUAGCCGAGAUUGCAAAAGAAGUUCAAUCAGCAUUAAAUGCAUGUUUGACAAAUAUGCCAAGUCAACGAUAUAUUGAUGAUGCUCUGAAACAAAUAUCCGAAUAUGUUUAUACUUUGGCCGGUCCUUACAGUCGAAAACCGUCUAGAACAUUUGAUGACGUACAAACACAUAUCAAUCAUGCAGCAGCUGAUUUAAAUAAUGCAACUACAGAAUUAGUUGUCAGUGCACGCAGUGGAACAACCGCAUUGCAAACAACAACGCAACGCUUUAGUCAUGCAUUUGGUGAAUUUAUAGACAAUGGAAUUGAUUUAGCUGGUUGUCAGGAAGAUGAGAAACGUUCUAAAGUGAUCUCAUCCUUAAAACAAGUACAUACAUCAUCGAGUGAAUUGCUUGAACGAGCUAAAUCAGCAUCAAUUGAUAUAACAACAACUGCAACGUCCACUAGGAAUCCGUUGACAUUAGCUGCAAAAGCUGUAACGGAAAGUAUCAAUGAUGUUAUCACCAGUUGUUUAGCUACUGAUACAACUACAAAACAAUCAUCAGUAGGACGAUUAGAGUGUGAUAAUGCGAUUAGAGAAAUGCAAACAUCAAAAACAAUUUUACAGCAUCCCAUUGAACCCGUGACAGACUAUACGUAUUUCGAAGCAUUAGAUCACGUUGUUGAUUAUUCAAAGAACUUAGGCUCUGCGAUGACAAAUGUAGCCAGUGCAGUGAAAAACACAAAUCAUCCAUUGUUUUCACGAGCUGUUCGUGAUGCUUCAACAGCUGUUUGUGGUUUAAGCGAAGCAUCUGGUCAAGCAGCUUAUUUGAUUGGUGUAUCGGAUUCAUCAUCAACGAAAGGCAAAUCUGGCAUUGUUGAUCAACAGUUAUUUCACCAUUCUGUUAAUGCAAUACGUCAAGCAUGUAAUGAUUUGUCAAGUUCAACUAUCGACAAAAAUGAGAUUUUGAGUUGUGCAACAACUAUCGCAAGAAAUACAUCAGCACUAUGUAAUGCAGCCCGUGAUGCUUCAUCUCGAACAACGAAUGCACUAGCUCGUAGAAGUUUUGUACAAUCAGCAAAGGAUGUAGCAAAUGCCACUGCUAAUCUCGUUCGAUCAAUAAAGAUCCUGGAUAGUUCUUAUGCACACGAACAUCAUCGAGAAUGCAUCGAAAAAAGUCGACCAUUACUUCAAUCAAUUGAUGAACUUUAUACAUAUGCCAUGUCAAAAGAAUUUUCGUCUAUACCAGCAUCUAUUAGUAUCGCAGGUCGUCAAUUACAAGAACCCAUUUUAUCAGCAGCUCGUAAUGUUGUUGAUGGUGCGUGUAAAAUAGUCGAAUGUUCGAAAACGUUAAUUCUGAAUUCAAAAGAGCCAAGUCAAUGGCAACAAUUGGCGACGCAUACAAAAACUGUUUCAGAAUCCAUUAAACGUCUAGCUACAUCGGUCAAAGAAAUGACGCCUGGCUCACGUGAAUGUGAAAGAGCUAUUGAAGAACUUCGAAUUUUAUUUCACAACGUUGACAAAGCUAUCAUGAAUAUUGGGUCAUUGCCCAAAACGGAUAAAUCUCUUCAAUUUCAUCAAGAGCAAAUUUCGUCAAGUUCUCAUUUUAUGUCAGAAUAUAUCGAAGAUAUUCGUCGUUCAGCAAAACGUGAACCAGAACGUUUAGGUUCAUGUGUCACACAAUUAACUACGUAUGUUGAACCAUUAGUUCGCAAUACAAUUGAUUAUGUAUCACGUAUAACAAAUAGUCGACAACAGACAACAAUUUUAGAACAAUUAAAAUCUGUUGUGGAAAUUGGUUUACAAUUACUGCUAUCUGCUAAAGAAUCAGGUGGUAAUGUGAAAAGUAUUCAAUGGCAUAAAGUUGUUGAUGAAAAUUCGUCGCAAAUGAUAUCAAUAUUGAGAGAAUUAGUUCAUACAAUUGAAGAAAAUUCAUCAUCAAUCGGUAUUAUGAGUGGUCUUUGUGAAAAUAUUCGAAAAUCAAUUCAGACUGUUGAUUCGAACGUUAUCACUGAUGGUCUCUUCCAGGAUUAUCAAACGUGCAUGGUUGAAAUUGUUCGACAAAUGGCACGUACAACACAAGACAUAUUGACAAAAUCAUCAUCCAAUGAGGAUAUUAAACAUUUGGCUACUCAAUUGACAAGAAAAUAUAAUGAAUUAAUACGAGCAACAUACGGUGCUAUUGGAACAGCAUCAACUACAGAAUUAGCAAGCAGAAUUAAACGUGUUGUUAUCGAAUUGGGAGAGACAUGCAUCGAAUUAAUACAAAAAAUAGGACAAUUGCAACAAAAUCCACAUGAUCAAACACUAAAACAUGAAAUACAAGAUUUGUGUCAAAAAGUUAUUGAAAAAAUUUCUUAUGUUUUGGCUGCACUUCAAGCUUCGGCACGCGGCACCCAGGCUUGUAUCAAUGCUGCUAGUACUGUGAGUGGUAUCAUAGCUGAUUUGGAUACGACAAUUCUAUUUGCAACGGCUGGUACAUUAAAUUCUGAAUGUGAUGGGGAAACAUUUGCUGACCAUCGUGAAGCUAUUCUUAAAACAGCAAAAGCUCUAGUCGAAGAUACCAAAACAUUGGUGGCUGGAGCUGCGAGUUCACAAGAGCAAUUAGCUUCGGCUGCACAAGCUGCUGUUCGAACGAUUACGAAGUUGGCCGAAGUUGUAAAACUUGGUGCUGCUUCGUUAGGUGCUGAAGAUGGCGAAGCACAAGUACUUCUUAUCAACAGUGUUAAGGAUGUUGCACAAGCUUUAAAUAAUCUAAUAAGCGUCACAAAAUCGGCGAGUGGAAAAGAUAUCAACGAUCCUGAAAUGCAAAAAUUAAAAGAAUCAGCUAAAAUUAUGGUCACAAAUGUAACAUCGCUAUUGAAAACGGUGAAAUCAGUUGAAGACGAAGCAUCAAGAGGUACAAAUGCAUUAGAAGCUGCCAUCGAAGCUAUUGCUCAGGAAAUUCGUGAAUUUUCAAGUGACCAAUCGCCGAGUUUACGUACGCCACCUGAAGAACUUAUUCGUGUUGCAAAACAGCUUACCGUUGCAACUAGUAAAGCGAUUAGUGCUGGUCAAUCAUGUCGUCAAGAUGAAAUAAUUGCUGCGGCGAAUUUAGGUCGAAAAUCAAUAUCUGAUCUGUUAUUUGUUUGUAAAUGUAGUGCAUAUACAACCGCUCAACAAGAUUUGAGACAGCGUACAUUAGAUAGUGGAAAAAAUUGUGCAAAAUAUUAUAAAGAAUUAUUAGAAACUAUUCAUAUUUUGCUACAAAAACCAUCAAAUGAAACUAAACAAAAGUUACUAAUAUAUCUGAGAUCAAUUACACAAUCUACUCAAGAUCUUGUACAUUGUGCCGAACAACUUAAAGGUUCUGAUUGGAUAGAUCCGGAUGAUCCAACAUAUAUUGCUGAAAGUGAAUUAUUAUUAGCUGCUCAAAGUAUCGAAGCAGCAGCAAAAAAAUUGUCUUAUUUGAAACCACGACAGAAAAUAAAGGUAUUACCAAUGGAGAAAAAAAGUUUUUUUGAAUUUUGUUUUAGCAUGAUUUGUAGAAAGAUUCAUGAUAGGGAAAUUAAUGAGAAUUUGAAUUUUGAUGAACAAAUACUUGAAGCGGCUAAAUCUAUAAUGAAUGCAGCCGGCGCCUUGAUUAAAGGAGCCACAGCUGCCCAAAAAGAAUUGGUUUCACAAGGAAAAUUAUCACAUGCAACUGGUAGAAGAAGAAGCAAUCAAGAGGAAGAUGGACAAUGGUCACAAGGAUUAAUAUCCGCUGCUCGUUAUGUGGCUGUUGCAUGUCAUAGUCUUUGCGAUGCGGCAAAUGGUCUAGUGCAAGGUCACGGUACAGAAGAAAAACUCAUAUCGGCUGCAAAACAAGUCUCAUCAAAUACAGCUGCACUUCUUGUGGCUUGUAAAGUAAAAGCUGAUUUCAUGAGUCAAUCAAUGACACGAUUACAAAAUGCUGGUAAUGCUGUUAAACGCGCAACCGAUGCUCUUGUUCGUUCAUCUCAACAAGCUGUUGAAAUGCAAGAAGAAGAAAAAUAUUUAGAAGUAUCUAUGAGAUUCGUACCUGGUAUUGCUCAAGAAAUAAAAGCAAAAGAAAUUAUAUUGACAAAAGAACGUGAAUUAGACGAAGCCCGAAAUCGUCUAAAAGCUCUUCAUUUAGCUAAAUAUGGACAUGUGGAUAAAAAUAAUGAAUUAUAUCAGAGUUCUUGA